AUGUCAACCACGAUGUCAACCACGACGUCAACCACGACGGCAGCCACGACGUCAGCCACGGCGUCAACCAUGUCGCCCGCGCACAGGGUGGAAGCCGAUCACGGAGUGGCCAACCGCAACGGUGCCGACGACGACGCCGGCGUGUCGGUCCAGCGUUCAUCGACGAACCCCAUUCCGCAGAUCCAGGUCAUGCCGCCUCCAAAGAAGUCUAGACAACGCCGCGAGCCGCGGGACACUGGCUUCCCCGAACCCUUUGGCGAAGGCAUGUCCGGCUUCGGCCGCCACACGACGCUGCCUCACCCCGACGCCGACCUGUCCCCCAACGCAACCAUCUCGCACGACGACAUCGCCGUCGACCGGGUGCUCAAGCGCCAUCGGCUGGCCUUUCUGAACAAGAACAGGAAGACGCUCAACCACGGCAUGAUCAGCCCGCAGAUGGAGGCUCUGCAGAGCGUCCUGUCCCUGACCUUUAUGGACAAGGAUGGCGCCGCGACGCAGCUGCCGAAGCUCGUCUGUCCCUCGACUUCGAGCCUGCGACUUUCGCGGGACGGCGGGGAUAGCACGAGGUCCAAGAGGUUCGACGACGACGAGACGCCACCCACGUCGCCCGACGUGUCGGAGCACCGCCGAAGGAAGGGUCUACUUGGCAGGCUGCGCAGGAGGAGCUAG